UACCGAUGCUGUCGAUCGCGCUCGCGCGCUGUGUCAAUAAAAAUUUAAUUUGCUUACAUCACAGAAAUUUGAAUAUUCAAUCAAAAUAAAUUUUACGAAGUAUUUUCGAUUUUUUAUUUCCAAUAAUUCUGCCGCGAUGCGCCUCGUGCCGAAAAAUCUUCCCAAGGUCAAAAAACUUUGACACGCGCGUGUUGCUGAAUAAAAUGUUUUUGAAUACGUUUUGGCUCGUGGCAAGUUAUAUAUUCCAGCACUAGAUUCCUCUCGAACUAUAUACGAGCAGGACAACGUCGAUAUGAAUGUUGCCACGAUAAUCACCGAGAUAUUGACGUUUCCAAAAAAAAUAUGGGAACGGUCUCCACCAUGGGGUAAAAUAUUAAUAGUAGCCGUGGGGUUGUUGCUGAUAAUGACGCUGUCAUUAUUACCGAUCAUUUCGGCGGAAAAAAGAUGGCGCAGCGAUGGGUUAACGGGUGAGGAAAUAUUUGCCGAAAGUUGGAAGUCGACAGUGUCCUUCCUAGAUUUUUGGGUGAAGGACAGCAAUGGCGUAGAAGUAAAGUUGAAAGACGUAUAUUACGAUGACGUCCCGACUCUGGUGGUUUUUGCAGCGAGUCCGAAUUUAAUACAGAAAAAUACAGAUAAGGUAUGCAAUCCGAGAGUACCGAAAGACAAAGCGGACCUUUUGGUCGAAAAAAAAUAUUCACCGUACAAUAUUCUAUUGUUUCCGUGCAACGAUUUCACAACCGGGGAGCCUGGUCUGACAUUGAAAAAGGCUAAAGAGGCUAUGAAUGAUUGCAAUCCAAAACUGCUUCUGUUCGAAAAUGUUGAGGUCCAUGGAAAGAACCAACAUUAUAUAUGGAAAUGGCUGACGAAUAAAAAUAAAUCUACCGCGUACAAUUUAGAUCGCGUUGAAUUUUAUUUGGAUAAAACAGGCGAGCAUGUCACGAGUCGUGUUAACGUGUCCACAGAAUCGGCGAUAGAUGAAUAUCUCAUAAAGUCGACCACAGUAUCCGUCCUCAUGUAGAUUAACGAGACGCACAGCGCGGACGCCGCUGUCAGCGCCACGAAAAUUUGGUUUUUCGUUCCGUAAAAAUAUAAAAUUUACCAAGUGUAUGAGGUUUACCAAGUGAUAAUUGUGAAAAAGUAAUUAUACUAUAGAAAUAAGAUCGAAAUGUUUACUGAGAAAGAUAAAAAUAUUUUUUUUAAGCAAAUCGUAUCACUGUAUGGCCAAACGAGCAUUAUUGAUUAACAAAUGACACUGGAAUAAGCAAAGAACGAUCGAAGCCCAAUAGCAUAAAUAUCUUUGUUGAAAAAUCGAGUGAUACGAACGCCACGCGUGACCUUCGGAAACAUUGAAUUCUACUGAUUCUGAAACGCUGAUUCUGCGUUCCGAGAGAAAUAGUCAUAGUAGGGGCGGGUUAAAAAAAAUUUGUUCAAGUGUAAACUCGUUGUAUCCUCUGAACUUCUAUAAUGAUAGUGAUUUUUUAAAUAAAGAAAUUUAAAUAAAAACAACUGCG